AUGAAACUCGGAAAACAAGUAGCCAACGCCGAGGCCAUCUUGGGUACCAAGAUCAAGGCUAUACUACCUGGUGGCAAUUGUACCUAUAUGUAUCUACUCUCAGUGGGUCCCUAUCCGACCACUGGCUUGAGGCUGAAAAAAAGAAGGCGCCAAGACUCGAUGGAAAAUUCUAGCGGUAGUCUAGCGGUAGAAUUGGUGGCUUCGCUUUCCCUGGUUUUCCUUGCUCUCAUUUUUUUUCUGCAAGCCACUCGUGUGUAG